AUGUGCCUGUACAAGUUCAUGUGUGCGAUUACCACGAGAGCGUUAUUCCUCAUCGUCUCUCUGGUCAGCGUCUGGAGGGUGAUAUGGGUGAAGCACGAGCCCAAAUACUGGCUCCUCACUAUCCUCUUUCUGCCGCUUGUCGUUGAAAUGAUAAUAACGCUUAAGAGUCGAAGGGGACAAGAUUAUAAAUGGUUUUCUCCGCCCAUCUUCCUGUUCCUCAUCAGUAUUAUUCCUUCCAUCUGGAUCCUGGAGCUCCACAACCAGCAUGAGAAAGUCAACAUCUCUCAGUGCAAAAAGCUCAACUCGUGGGAGAAUCUGCUUAAUGUGAUCACUCGGAACCAGACUGGAAACCUGACAUACCAGAACUACCUGGAGCAAUUUAACCAGGUGUUAACGACUGUCUGUGCCAACGACUGGAUCCUGGCUCUUCAUCAGAUCCUGCUCCUCCUCCUCAUCGUUGGGAAGUGGCUCCUCCCGCUGGGAGGCGGAGUCACGCGUGAUGAGCUCUCACAGCUUCUCCUAAUUUUUGUUGGUACUGCAGCAGACAUCCUCGAAUUUACUAGUGAGACGUUGUCAGACGUCAAAGAGAACAGUCCUCAGCUGGUCUACAUCAUCUUAGCUGUGUGGACUUGGAGCAUGCUGCAGUUCCCCUUACAUCUGGCUGUGGUGAACUCCAAACCAGAUAGUGAUGACGAGCAGGGGUCCAAGGAGGUGUCCCUAUUGUCUAAGCACAGCACGGACAUUUGGAGCGUCAUUGAGGCCUUGUUCAUCCAAGACGGGCCUUUCCUGGUGGUCAGGCUCACCGUCAUGACCUACUUCGACGUCUUCCACCAGAUGCUGGUGUUCUUUGCCAUCAAGAACUUCCUGGUGGUCAUACUGAACUUGUACAGGUUGGUUGUUAUAUGCCAGCAAUCCCGCAGUAGAGCCAACCGGGGCAGCGCCGUCCCGUGUGUUUGA